AUGUCGGGACCCGUGCCAAGCAGGGCCAGAGUUUACACAGAUGUUAAUACACACAGACCUCGAGAGUACUGGGAUUACGAGUCACAUGUGGUGGAAUGGGGAAAUCAAGAUGACUACCAGCUUGUUCGAAAAUUAGGCCGGGGUAAAUAUAGUGAAGUAUUUGAAGCCAUCAACAUCACAAAUAAUGAAAAAGUUGUUGUUAAAAUUCUCAAGCCAGUAAAGAAGAAGAAAAUUAAGCGUGAAAUAAAGAUUUUGGAGAAUUUGCGAGGCGGUCCCAACAUCAUCACACUGGCAGACAUUGUAAAAGACCCCGUGUCACGAACUCCCGCCUUGGUUUUUGAACAUGUAAACAACACAGACUUCAAGCAAUUAUACCAGACGUUAACAGACUAUGAUAUUCGGUUUUACAUGUAUGAGAUUCUGAAGGCCCUGGAUUAUUGUCAUAGCAUGGGAAUUAUGCACAGAGAUGUGAAGCCCCAUAAUGUCAUGAUUGAUCAUGAGCACAGAAAGCUACGGCUAAUAGACUGGGGUUUAGCUGAGUUUUACCAUCCUGGCCAAGAAUAUAAUGUCCGAGUUGCUUCUCGAUACUUCAAAGGUCCUGAGCUACUUGUAGACUAUCAGAUGUAUGAUUAUAGUUUGGAUAUGUGGAGCUUGGGCUGUAUGCUGGCAAGUAUGAUUUUUCGGAAGGAGCCAUUUUUUCAUGGACAUGACAAUUAUGAUCAGUUGGUGAGGAUAGCCAAGGUUCUGGGGACAGAAGAUUUAUAUGACUAUAUUGACAAAUACAACAUUGAAUUAGAUCCACGUUUCAAUGAUAUUUUGGGCAGACACUCACGUAAGCGAUGGGAACGCUUUGUCCACAGUGAAAACCAGCACCUUGUCAGCCCUGAGGCUUUGGAUUUCCUGGACAAGCUGCUGCGAUACGACCACCAGUCACGGCUCACCGCAAGAGAAGCCAUGGAACACCCCUAUUUCUACACUGUUGUGAAGGACCAGGCUCGAAUGGGCUCAGCUAGCAUACCAGGAGGCAGUACACCUGUCAGCACCGCCAAUAUGAUGACAGGGAUUUCUUCAGUGCCAACCCCUUCACCCCUCGGACCUCUGGCGGGCUCACCAGUGAUUGCUGCUGCCAACCCCCUUGGGAUGCCUGUUCCGGCUGCCGCUGGCGCUCAGCAGUAA